UAUGCGGUGCACCAAACAACUUCUGGAGGUCCUGGCGACAAUUACUACGGCUUACAUGUCACCACGGAUGUGUAUAGCCACAAUCUAAAACCCGGCCAACAGACUUCGACUGCAAUUUGGGUUAAUCAUGUUGGAAAUGGUGUUAAAUCAAGCUUAAAUACAAUUAGCAUUGGCUGGCAUAUCUAUCCAGAGCACUAUGGUGACUCACAUCCACACUUCUAUACUGACUGGACGAGAGAUGGAUAUGCUCAAACUGGAUGCUUAAACAUGGACUGUCCUGGCUUCAUAAGGGUGAAUGGUGCUGUUAUAGCCCCUGGCGAUGUUAUACAUCCAGUUUCUGGUGUCCCUGGUGGACGUGUACAGAAUAUCACACUCAGACUGCUUAAGGACAAAACAAGCGGAGAUUGGUGGGUAUACUACGGCUUGAACGGCAUCCCCACGGGG